AUGGCUGAGUUGGUGGUAGGACCUGUUGUCUCUUUUUCCGUUGAGUUUCUGCUGAAGAAGAUUGCUUCUUCUGAUGUGGCUAGCUUCUUAAGGGGAAAGAAAGACUCUGGUUUCGAUAGGAUUCUCGACAAACUAGAGACUACGUUCCUCUCUCUUGCAAAAGUGCUCAAUGAUGCAGAUCAGAAACAGAUGAGGGACCCCAUAGUUCAGAAGUGGCUGGACAAGCUUCAAGAUGUUGUUGAAGAUGCAGAGGAUCUCUUUGAUGAAAUUGAAUAUGAUGCUCUCAAAGUCAAGGUGGAAACAAAGUCAGUCAAAACCAAAGUAAGUAAAUUCCUCUCUAAUUUUGACUCAACUGAUCUUGACAGGAAGACAGAAAUGGAGAAGCUUCUUGAGAGGUUUGAAACUUUUGAAAAACAGAAAGACAUCCUUAAUCUACAAGAGGGCGUUGAGAAGAUCAUGACACAUAGACCACCUUCAAUGUCAACCAUAGAUGAUUCUGAAUUUUUUGGUAGAGAUGAUGAAAAGAAAAGUUUGAAGGGAAUGUUGUUGUCUAAUGAAGUGGAUAGUGAAAAGAUACGUGUGAUUCCAAUAGUGGGCUUGGGUGGGAUUGGUAAAACUACUUUGACUCAAGCUGUUUAUAAUGAUGAUGAAGUUAACAAACAUUUUGAACUCAAGACAUGGGUUUGUGUGUCAGAUGAGUUUGAUAUUUGUAAGGUAAUGAGAAAUGUUCAUGAAGCAAUAACUAGAAAUACUUGUGCUGUUGAGAACUUGAUUGUGCUGCAAGAGAACAUACAAAAAAGGUUGAAGGAAAAGAAGUUCUUGAUAAUUUUGGAUGAUGUUUGGUGUGAAAAAUAUGAAUUUUGGAAUGCAAUGAAGAUGAUUUUUAGAGUGGGGGCUCAAGGUAGUAAGAUAAUUGUCACAACAAGAAGUUCUAAAGUUGUGUCUAUCAUGGGAUCCAUAAUGGGAACAACUGGAUUUCACCAUCUUAAGAACUUGAAGGAGGAAGCUUGCUUGAAGUUAUUUGUGAAGAUUGUAUCUCGCAAUGAAGAAUUUUUUAUGGAUCCAUACUCUGAAAGAAUUGGCAAAGACAUUGUUAGGAAAUGCAAAGGCUUGCCUUUAGCUGUGAAAGUCCUUGCAAGCCUCUUGUGCUUUACAGAUGUAACACAAUGGGAGAGAAUAGCAAAGUGUAAUGUAUUGGAUUUGCCAGUUGGAGAAGAAAAUAUUCUUCCAGCUUUGAGAUUGAGUUACCAUUAUCUUCCAUCACAUUUAAAACGAUGUUUUGUUUAUUGUUCCCUCUUUCCUAAAGACUAUGAAUUUAGGAUAGAUGAGUUGGUUAGGCUUUGGAUGGUAGAUAAUUUAUUGGAGCAUUCAAAUGGAAAUAGAACAAGAGAAGAAGUGGGAUAUGAGUAUUUUAGUGAUUUAGUUUCACGAUCUUUUUUUCAACAUUCAAACGUUCAUGCAUUUCGUUUCAUCAUGCAUGACCUUAUGGUUGAUUUGGCUAAUUUUGUAUCUAGAAAGAAGUUUAUUCAAAUGGAGAGAAAUAAGUUUUAUGAAAUUGAAUUGAUGAAGCAAACACGACACGUUACAGUUCCCCUAGAGAGUUGUGACAUCGAUGAGCUAUUCAAGUCAAUUUCUAAAGGAACUUGUAUGCGUACAAUUUUGCCUGUUGGGCCAUUUAUCUACACUUCAAACGAAUUUGCUCAACAUGUGUUGAAAGAUUUGUUGAAGUUGAAGCGUUUGAGAUUUUUGUCUCUAAAAGGUUUUUGUUGUGUCGAUGAAUUGCCUAAAUCAAUAGACAUUAAACAUACUUCAGUGUGA